AACGAGGGCGAUAAGAACAAACUGGCCGAGGAGAUGAACAUGGGAGCUACCUCCUCUGAUCCUCUGUCUCUUGUCUUCCACCCGAAUCUAUUCUCAUUCCCAAUCCCCAUCGUUCUACUAGCCCUCUCGGUCAAACCGCCUACUGCCUUUCCCUCUGCUCAAGGCGGAGAAGUAGAAGAAUCGCCUGCUAUUUGCACAGUCCCAAUGGUUUGUCGGACCUCCCGAGAUAAAAGCAAAAGGGAGAAAGAAAAAGAAGGAAAGUGAAGUUUCAUACUCGGUGUCAGAUCUCUGUCCCUCUCUGCUGUUUCAAUUCGUCUGUUUUUUUUUUCGGCUUUAGGAGGCCGACUUACCUCAGAGAAGAGCCCGUCGUUCAUUGGUUAGGAAGCUUUCUGUGGUUUGCUGCGGUCUGAGGUGGUUGGGAUCAUGCCUUUUGCGUCUCGCUUUGCAGUUUUCCGUCUAGGCUUUCACAUUUCGUGUCUGUGGAGCUGUUUUUGAUGAAAAAUGGAGGUUUACCGACUUUUGCAAUAGGUGAGUUUGGUUUGGGUGGAGAUUUGCGCCAUUUCUCUCUGCUUGAUCUUUACCUUGCCCCAGCUUCGGUAGGUUUCCAGAGAUUAGGUUUCUUCUCGUUGAUGAACUUGCCUUCUUUCCCCUCGCCCUCUUCAAUUUUAGGAAAAACUCAACUUUUGUUGGAUAUACCUAGUUUUUAUCUUGUGUGAUUCUCGAGGAACCUCCAAAACCGGAUUUUGAUUUUUAGUUGGACCGAGAAUUGAUUUCCGAGGUGGAAUCCAAGCAGAUCUUGGUUUAUUCGAGUCAGCAGGAAAAUCGCAUAAGCCAUGGCUGGUGCAGAAGACAAGGUUGGCGUGAUCAAUGACUGGAGCUUUCCAAAUCCUAGCCCAAGGACUUUCAUGUCGAACUUUUUGAGCGAGGAUUUUGGUUCGAGAUCAUUUACAGAUUCCUUUCAAGGGAAUGAGAAUGAGGGGCUUCCUAGAGCACUCGAGGUGGAUAGUGUCGACAGAGUUUACGAGGACUAUCUCUCAUUCGAACCUAAUUGGUCUGGAGCUCAUAAUCCAAAUACGCAUGGAAAUCUUGCUGAGAGAAUGGCUGCUAACGGUUUUAAUGUGCCUAAACUUAAUACUGCCCGCAUUCCGCCAGCUAACUUAUCAUCAUCUACAGAUGUGCGGUCUCCAUAUCUGACUAUCCCCCCUGGUUUAAGCCCCACAUCAUUUUUAGACUCUCCAGUAUUUCUAUCAAAUUAUAUGGUUCAAUCAUCUCCCACCACAGGCAAGCUUCAAUUUUUGUUGGAUAAUAGUACUCAACCAACCUUGCACAUAGCCUCAGAAACUCCUAAUAAAAGUGAUGAUUGCAUUGAAUGUGCAUCUGGAUUCUCAUUCAAACCCCCAUUUGACACAUUUUAUCCAAGUACUAAGAUAGUUGCUCCAGAUGUUACUCAGCAACAAACAUUAUCAGAUAUAGGGGUAUGCUUUGAAUUGGAGAAAGCUAAAGAAAUAGGAACUCCGGAAACUGGCACUAUGAAUUUCCAAAAUGAAGAAUUCAGUUUUCAGGCUGAAAGUAAACAAGCUGCUAGUGCUAAUACUUCGAAUCAGAGGACUGAUUCCUGUAUAGGUAGCACCAAUUCUGGGCCGUUUGAUGACCAACAGGAUGGAGAUACGGACCUCAAGGAGGAAUUUUCCUCUGUUGGUGUUCCUGCUCCAGCAGAGGAUGGUUAUAACUGGAGAAAAUAUGGACAGAAACAAGUUAAAGGAAGUGAAUUCCCAAGGAGUUAUUAUAAGUGCACUCAACCAAAUUGUCAGGUUAAGAAAAAGGUGGAGCGCUCACAAGAAGGUCAGAUUACUGAGAUUAUUUAUAAGGGUUCCCACAAUCACCCUAAGCCUCCCCCAACUCGUCGAACUGCUGUAUUAUCUUCCCAUCCUUUUGGUGGCAUGCAAAUCGAUGGCCCAGAGCAGCCUGAUUUGCAAGCAGGUGGUUCUGAUAGUCAGCCAAUAUGGGAAAGUACAAACAUCAGGAAUGAAGCCCACGACCGGCAAGGAGAUUCCCUGGAAUUCGCCUCACCUGCCCUUCUAUGGGCUGAAUGUAGAGAUUAUUCGACUGCUGUUCAGCAUGCUCCAGAUGAACCUCAUUUAUCCUCUGAUGUAGUGGAUGUUUCCUCCACAAUUUCCAAUGAUAAAGAUGAGGGUGAUCAAGUAACUCAUGGAAGUGCAUCAGUGUGUUGUGAGGGUGAGGGAGAUGAGACGGAUUCUAAAAGGAUGAAGUUAGAUACCAAUGCUAUUGAGAUGAAUGCGGCUUCCAGAGCAGUCCGUGAGCCGAGGGUUGUGGUUCAGACAACCAGUGAGGUCGACAUUCUCGACGAUGGCUAUCGCUGGCGCAAAUAUGGGCAGAAGGUUGUCAAAGGAAAUCCAAAUCCAAGAAGCUACUACAAGUGCACACAUCCAGGGUGUAAUGUUCGCAAACACGUGGAAAGGGCGGCGCACGAUCUGAAAUCAGUGAUCACUACAUACGAAGGCAAACAUGACCAUGAAGUUCCCGCUACAAGGAAUAGUGGCCAUGGAAACUCUGCUACCUCCAUUGCGGCAUCCUACGCAGCACCUCAAUCUCACGGAACACUCCCAGGAGCAGACUCAGCCCAAGCCAGCUUGACGAGAUACGAGUGCCCGCCUCUCAAUGCUGCAUUCGCACUGUCUGGAGCACAGCAGCUAAGACCAACAACCAGCUUCACUUUUGGGAUGGUGGAUUCAGGAUUGACAAUGGCUGGAUUGGGCUCAAUGCACACAAUGAGCUUGCCAGUACUUCCAGCAGUUCAUUCUUACCUCGGUCAUCAUCCAGCUCUCGAAGGAAGGUUUGCUAAAGCAGAGCCAAAGGACUAAGUGAUUCCAGAAUCAGCUCUGACCACAUCGAAUGGAGCACCGAUAUGCCAAAUGAUGAAUGGGACACCGGCGAGACCUCCAAUUCGAAUAAAUUCAAUAGAAAACAAAGAUAGCAAAGAUAUCUUCACCAUCCAUGAGGAGUUUUCCCCCAUUCGAUGUUUUCCUUCCGGUUAAGAAUGUAAACAGAUUCGGCUUUAACACUCAAGAGAGAAUACCAAAUACGGUCCAAGUAACAAGCCUUCUGUUUCUUAA